AUGAAUAACUUCCAUCACUACACCUCCACGCGCUUCCGCCAAUUCCCAAAAUCAUUCUCUCUCCGCCGCAAAGUCCCGUGGUGGUACCAAAUUCUCGACCCUGGAAGUGAGAUUGUCACCAAAUGGAACCGCAUAUUUCUUGUGACAUGUCUGAUUGCAUUGUUUGUGGAUCCUCUCUACUUUUUUGUACCCAUUAUUGGUGGCCGCGCGUGUAUGCAAAUCGAUUUCGGCCUUGGCGUGUUAGUUACUUUCUUUCGAACAAUGGCGGACCUAUUCUUCCUGAUGCACAUGAUGAUGAAGUUCAGGACCGCUUUUGUCGCGCCGAGUUCUCGUGUUCUUGGAAAAGGAGAAUUGGUGAUGGACUCGAAGGCCAUUGCAUUGCGCUACUUGAAAUCAGAUUUUUUUGUUGAUUUUGCUGCAAUGCUUCCUCUCCCUCAGAUCGUCAUUUGGUUUGUAAUUCCAGCGGUGAAAAACCCUACAGCAGACAAUGCUAACCACACUCUUUCUCUCAUGGUUCUCAUUCAGUAUAUUCCUCGGCUUUAUGUCAUGUUUCCACUUAACCGACGGAUUAUUAAAACAACUGGUGUUGUAGCACGGACUGCUUGGUCAGGGGCAGUGUACAACCUCCUCCUGUAUAUUUUAGCUAGCCAUGUUUUAGGAGCUUCAUGGUAUUUGGUGUCCAUUCAACGGCAGCAUGAGUGUUGGAGCAUAGAAUGUGUGAAGGAGAUGAAUAGCACACACUCUCCAUCUUGUAAUAAGUUCUUUCUUGAUUGUAGCAGUUUAAAUAAACCUGAGCGUGUAGCAUGGUUGAGAGUCACUCACGUGCUCAGUAACUGUGAUGCUCAAAAUGACGAAAAUUUUCAGUUUGGAAUGUUUGCUGAUGCUUUCAUCAAUGAUGUUGCUUCGUCUGCUUUCAUUGAGAAGUACUUUUAUUGCCUAUGGUGGGGUUUAAGCAAUCUAAGUUCAUAUGGACAAAAUCUAACAACUAGUACAUACAGUGGUGAGACAUUAUUCAGCAUUUUAAUCUGCAUUGCAGGCCUAGUUAUGUUCUCUCAUCUCAUUGGUAACAUGCAGACCUACCUACAAUCUUCCACGGCUAGACUGGAAGAGUGGAGGAUUAGGCGAAGAGAUACGGAAGAGUGGAUGAGGCACCGUCAGUUGCCUCCAGAGUUGCAAGAACGUGUACGACACUUUGUUCAAUAUAAAUGGCUUGCCACUAGAGGUGUAGAUGAAGAAUCUAUAUUGAAGUCUUUGCCUGUGGACAUCAGACGUCAAAUUCAGAGGCAUCUUUGUCUGGCCCUUGUUCGUCGUGUACCUUUCUUUGCACGAAUGGAUGUACAACUCCUGGACGCUAUAUGUGAACGUCUAGUAUCAUCUUUGAAUACUAAAAGCACAUACAUUGUUCGAGAAGGUGAUCCAGUGAAUGAGAUGCUUUUCAUUAUUAGAGGUAAGCUGGAGAGCUCUACUACCAAUGGUGGAAGGAUAGGCUUUUUCAACUCCAUUACCCUUGGUCCGGGAGACUUCUGUGGAGAAGAACUACUAACAUGGGCCCUGAUGCCCACACCAAGCCUCAACCUUCCAUUGUCAACUAGAACAGUAAAGGCCACCACUGAAGUUGAGGCCUUUGCACUUCGAGUCGAGGACCUAAAAUAUGUUGCUAAUCAAUUCAAGCGACUACACAGCAAGAAAUUGCAACAUGCUUUCAGGUACUACUCUCACCAGUGGAGGAAUUGGGGAGCUACCUUUGUACAAGCUGCAUGGAAACGGUAUGCAAAGAAAAAGAAAGAAAUGGAGUUGGCAAGAAUGGAGAAUUUAUAUUACAUGCAAGGUAUAUAUGAGGAGGGGGAUUACGAUGGUGAGGAUAGUGGAGGUGAGAGCUCAUCAGUGGAUAAUGCAAACAGAGUACAACAUCUUGGAGCUACAAUGUUGGCUUCAAAAUUUGCUGCAAACACCAGAAGAGGUGUUGCGAAACAAAAGCCCCCGAGGCCCGACUCUAGUGGCUCUAGCUUAAAGAUGCCCAAGUUGUUUAAGCCACAGGAUCCUGAUUUCGCUUCAGAUUCAUGA